AUGUCAACAUGCGGAUCGUAUGGGCCCUCCAGACCUCAGACACAGAGAGCCGAUGUCAACUACUUGCGCGAUAUCUUCUGCAAAGUCGACAAGGACCGCAGCGGACGUGUGGACGCAGUCGAGUUGCAGCAGUGUCUGUCCAAUGGCACCUGGGAGCCCUUCGACCCUGUAACGGUGCGCAUGAUGGUCAACAUCUUCGACCGCAGCCGCACGGGCACGCUGACCUUCGACGACUUCGUGUCACUUUGGAACUACAUCAAAGACUGGCUACGGUGUUUCCAGGACUUUGACAAGGACCGGUCAGGUUCCAUCGACAUAAACGAGCUUCGCGACGCGCUCAGGAGCUUCGGAUACCGCCUGAGUGAUGAAGCUGCGGAUUUUCUGCUCAUGAAAUACGACCGUGAUAGGAAAGGAGCCAUAAAUUUCGAUGACUACAUCCUCUGUCGCAUUACCCUUGAGACGUUCACCUGUUCCUUCAAGAGUUACGACACCGACCAGGACGGCUACAUCACGAUAAGCUACGAGAACUUCUUGAAGCUUGGACUGAGCAUUUUUUUGUCGUGA